AUGGGGGAAAAGAGCACAAUUGUUAUAUCUGGUCACCAAUCUAUAAGUUAUUUUUCUGAUGUCAGAAACCUUUGCUGGUUUUUGGAACCAGAAUUUGCAAAUUCAGUGGUUAGACUACACAAACUUGUUGGAAACGCAAUUACUGAAGACCACCACAUUGUGGUUGGGACAGGUUCUACACAACUCUUUCAGGCUGUACUAUAUGCUCUCUCUCCACCGAAUGCAUCUGAGCCCAUGAAUGUGGUAUCUGCUGCCCCAUUCUACUCGUCGUACCCGUUGUUGACCGACUACCUAAAGUCUGCGCUUUAUAAAUGGGCGGGUGAUGCUUACGAGUUCAGUAAAGAUGGUCCCUACAUUGAACUUGUAACUUCCCCUAAUAAUCCUGAUGGCUUUACAAGGGAACCUGUGGUCCGUCGAACUAAAGGAUUAUUGGUUCAUGACCUUGCUUACUAUUGGCCACAAUAUACUCCAAUAUCUUUUCCUGCAGAUCACGACAUCAUGCUGUUCACAGUCUCCAAAAGCACUGGCCAUGCUGGGAUUCGUUUAGGAUGGGCUCUUGUCAAAGAUCGAGAAAUUGCCAAAAAAAUGAUUAAUUUCAUAGAGCUCAACACCAUUGGAGUGUCCAGAGAUUCACAGCUCCGGGCAGCAAAGAUUUUACAAGCUGUGUCUGAAAGCUAUGACCAUGUUGACAACUCUAAAGAAACUGAACCUUUCUUCGAAUAUGGUUACAAUAUCAUGGCAAAGAGGUGGAAGCAACUAAGAGCAGCAGUGAAUAAGAGUAAGCUUUUCAGUUUGCCCGACUUUCCUCCUGGGACGUGCACAUUUACUGGUCGAACUUUUGAAUCACAACCUGCUUUUGCGUGGUUGAAGUGCGAGGGCGAAAUAGAGGACUGUGAAAGCUUCCUUCGAAGACACAAGAUCUGGACCCGAGGUGGGAAGUACUUUGGGGUUAGCUCAAAGUAUGUGAGGAUAAGUACAUUGUCGAGAGAUGAAACAUUUGAUCUUUUCACAGAGAGGUUGUCUGCAAUGGUACUUGAGAGCCCUUAA